ACUCCACAAAGACAUAGAUUAUUAAAAUUGAAGAGCAUCAUAACCGAAAGCACUCGAUUGCUCCCAUCUUUUUAGAAUUCCACUAGUUUAUUUACUCCGCAAUUUUAUCUUCCUGUUCUUUUCAAUUGCGUUAUGACGGUGAAGAUAAAAGAGAAGAAUUGAGUUGGGAGGGACCACUUUGGUUUUGAAAAAACUUGCAUUUGUCCACUUUGACAGGCUGUAAUGAAUCCUUCUUAUUUGACCAAUUCUAGAAAACUGGCCCUCCACUCUAUGCAUAUUUAGCCAAUCCUGUCUUCUACGUUUAAUGACCCACAGAGAUCUCCGUUUGUUAGUUCUGGCUUCUAAACUUUUUCCAUCUCUUGCUGCCACUGCUUUUGCUGCUAUACUUUUCAAUCUUCUCUUGAGGAGAAGGUCAAGUGAGAUCGAAUGGAGGGGAGGCCACAAGAAAGACGCAUCUGUGAAAAUGAUGGAACAGCAGGAGCCGCUUCUUCUACUCACACUUCAACAGAAGGUCAAGGAAUGGCUACUUCAUCAGGACAUGACUAUGAAGUAUUCUUAAGCUUCAAUGGAUCAGAUACUCGAGCGGGUUUUACCGACUUCCUUUACACUUGUCUUAAUGAUGUGGGAAUCCGCACAUUUAAGGACGACAAAGAGCUCGGCGUCGGGGAAGAGUUUGCCCCAGAACUUCUCCAAGCAAUUAAUCAGUCGAAGAUCUCAAUACCUAUCUUUUCGAAAGGCUAUGCCUCUAGCGUAUGGUGUCUCAAGGAGCUAGUCCAGAUGGUCGAGUGCCAGAAAACUCGAAGACAAAAGAUCAUCCCUAUUUUUUAUGAUGUGGCGCCUUCAGAGGUUCGGCACCAAACAGAGGGUUAUGCAAAGGCCUUUCUUGCACAUGAAAACAAGAAGCGACACGACGAAAAGACUAUUGAAGGGUGGAAGGAUGCUCUCAGGGCAGUGGGAGCAAUAAACGGAUGGGACCUGCAUAGCAAGAAGGAGAACAGGCGAGAAGGAGAGUUCGCAAAAGAACUUACCCAUAAGGUUCUCAGCGAGUUGAAAAAGGGUUAUCUAGAGGUAUCAGACCGCUUGGUCCGUGUCGACAACCAUGUGGAUGCAAUCAUGGAAAAGAUAGGUGCUGGGACAAGUGAAACACGGAUUAUAGGAAUUCACGGGAUGGGUGGCAUCGGAAAGACGACUAUUGCCAAAAUGAUCUACAAUAAGCUUUUACACGACUUUGAGAAUCGUUGCUUUCUUCGCGAUAUUCGAGAAGUGUCAGAACGUAAUGGUAUUCACUGCUUGCAGAAGCAACUCAUCUCGGACAUCCUCAAAAUGAAAGGCAUGGAUAUAAAAGACAUUGAUGAAGGAACUCAGAUAAUUAAAGAGAGGAUGUCUAAUAAAAGAGUUCUCCUGCUUCUUGAUGAUGUGCAUGAAAAGAAUCACGUGGAUGCACUUGUAGGUGAGCAUGAUUGGUUUGGUAAAGGGAGUAAACUUAUUAUUACUACCAGAAACAAAGAAGUUCUUGAUGUUCAUAAAGUGGACGACUGUUAUGAGCUUAUGGGCAUGGAUCGUGAUCAAUCUCUUCAACUUUUUAGCAAACAUGCCUUCAGAAGAGAUUCCCCUUUGGACGAGUAUAUCAACCAAUCCCAUAGGGCAAUGUGCACUGCUGGAGGUCUUCCGCUAGCUCUAGAAGUCAUAGGCUCAGUUUUAUCCGGCAAAAAUAAGAAAGAGUGGGAGGCCACAUUGAAGAUGCUAGAAAGUGUGCCUGAUGGUAAAGUUCAAAGUAAACUGAAAAUAAGUUAUGAUGCAUUAAAUGAUCGGCAGAAGCAUAUAUUCCUCGAUAUAGCUUGUAUUUUCAUUGGAUAUGACAAAAAAAUUGUGGUUCAUUACUGGGAUGAAUCAAAAUUUCCAGAAGUAGCCUUGGAAGUUUUGCAGAACAUGUCUUUGAUAAAGAUUGUAGAGUAUAAUAAAGUGUGGAUGCAUGACCAACUCAGAGACCUCGGAAGAGAAAUAGUUCGUCAAGAAAGUAAGAUGAAAAUAGAGAAGCAACGGAGGGUGUGGGAUCCUAGGGAAGCAUUGGAUUUGCUGAGGAGACAUGAGGGAAAAACAAAAGUUGAAGCUCUUCGUCUCCACUUUGACCAUGAGCGGCGGUACUGUUUUACCUGUAAGGACUUUAAGAGAAUAUCAAAUUUGCUGUUUCUUCAAGUUAACGGUUCGGAGGAAUAUUUUAGUGCAGAAGAGAGGCUUCUUUCGCAUGAAUCGCCAUCAAAUGUUCUUCCAACUAAUGUUUUUCAAGAGAAUUCAGAUCUCCUUCCACAUUUACGUUGGCUUUCGUGGCAUCGUAUUCCCCCAACAUUUAACAUUACAAAUUUCUCCAUGGAGGAUGUGGUUUUUCUUGAUCUAUCUUUCAGUGAAAUUACGCAUGAUUGGCAGGGGUGGAGCCAUAUGGAGGUGAUGAAGAAUUUGAAAGUUCUGGAUCUGUCCUAUUGCCAACACUUGAAUAGAACCCCCAACUUCUCUACCCAUUCAAAUUUAGAACGAUUGAUCUUAAAGGGCUGUGCAUCAUUGACCGAAAUUGAUAGGUCGAUUUGUCGGUUGAAACGCUUAGUUUCCUUAGAUGUAAGCUCUUGUGGGAAACUUCGGAGUCUACCAGACGACCUGGGUGGAGAUCUUGCAAGCCUUGAAUACCUAUCUCUGAGUGGUUGCGGAUCGUUGGAGAGGCUUCCGGAUACGAUAGGGAAUUUGAAAUCGCUGAUUGAGCUGGACAUAUCCGAUUGCCAACGCUUGAAGAGAACCCCCAACUUCUCUGCCCAUUCAAAUUUAGAACGAUUGAUCUUAUCGGGCUGUGAAUCAUUAACUGAAAUUGAUAGGUCGAUUUGUCAUUUGAAAAGCCUAGUUUCCUUAGAUGUAAGCGAUUGUGAGAAACUUGAGAGGCUGCCAGACGAGAUGGGUGGAGAUCUUGCAAGCCUUGAAUACCUAUCUCUGAGUGGUUGCGAAUCGUUGGAGAGGCUUCCAGAUACAAUUGGGAAUUUGGAAUCGCUGAUUGAGUUGGAUAUAUCCUCCACACCGAUCGAAGAACUACCCGAUUCCAUCGGAAAAUUGAAAAAUUUGAAAGUAGUGAAGAUGGAGGGUAGUGACAUAAGCAAAAUACCCGAUGUCUUUUGGACGAUUGAGAAGCUCGAAGAAAUACAUGUGUCUGCUCGUGAGCAUGGCCAUGUGAAUAUUGGCAAUUGCAUCUCCAGAAAUCAAUACCUGAGGAUCUUGAGAUUGGAGGAUGCGGAUAUAUACGCGCUUCCACCGAGGCUUCCCGAAAGUCUCAUCGAUUUACGGCUGCGGGAGUUGUGCAUGGACACGUUUCCAGAUCUCUCGAACCUCACUAAUUUAAAGGAACUGGAUCUGGGAUUUAGCGGACGUGAUUAUGAUGGGAAAUCAUAUGGGCCCGUGGAAGAUCCGAUUCCACGGUGGAUGGAGAACUUGAGCAAUCUGGAGUCUCUAGCCCUGCGCUUUGAUCGUGAGACCGCCUCACCAACAGACCUAAGCCUCCCUCCUCAACUCAAGUCACGUGACCUCAAGUGCGGGAUUGCCACCUUACCAACAGACCUAAGCCUCCUUCGUCAACUCCGGUCACUUGUACUCUCGAGCCCUAAACUGCGUCACCUCACGAGGCUUCCCCCAAGUUUAUCCUCCUUACGUUUGGAAGAUUGCGACUCACUUUGCUUGAUGGAGGAUCUAUCGGAUUUGAAGAAUCUAUCAUCUCUCCACAUUUCGGGCGCUGCAAUUGCAGAGAUUCGAGGCCUUGGUUGUCUGGAGGGCCUACGAGAUAUGGAGCUUCUGAGGCUUGGACAGGUGAAGAUACUACCUGAUCUAAGCAAUUUAAACAAACUGAGGAGUCUUUGGGUACGGGAUUGUUUUAAUCUAGUCGAGAUUCAAGGGGAACUGUCACAAUCUUUGAAAAAAUUGAAGAUUGAUACUUGUAAAUCUUUACAGAAGUUGCCUGAUCUGUCGAGCUUGAAGGGGUUGCGAGAGGUUUGCAGAAGUAGCUGUGGUAGUCUGGCUGAGAUUCAAGGCGAACUACCACAAUCUUUGGAAAACUUGGAGAUUUAUUCCUGUGAAUCUUUACGGAAGUUGCCUGAUCUGUCGAGCUUGAAGGGGUUGCGAGAGGUUUGCAUAAGUUACUGUCAUAGUCUGGCUGAGAUUCAAGGCGAACUACCGCAAUCUUUGGAAAAAUUGAAGAUUUCUUUAUGUGAUUCUUUACGGAAGUUGCCUGAUCUGUCGAGCUUGAAGGGACCGCGAAAGGUUGAAAUAACUGGGUGCAAGAAAUUAGAUGAUGGAGAAGACGACGAAUCUGAAUCUGAAGGAGAUGAUGCCGAAUCUGAAUCUGAAGAUGAGGGAGAAAACGACGAAUCUGAAUCUCGGGGAGAAGACGAGGAAUAAGUGCACGUUGCUCUUGAAAUCUUCUUGAUCCACGACCACAAAUUGUUCCCUCAUGUUCAAACUUUAAACAACUUGAGAUAACUUUGUUAUGCUGUAAACAAUUAGAUGGAAUGUGUGCUGGAAGGUCAUAUAACUAUGGUUCUCAUCCUGGAACUUUACGGCAUAAUCAACUCAUCAUCGCAACUGUGAAGAAGACAGACAUUCUAUAUUGAUAUGCUUAUGUUCAGUUUAUUGUCCAGAAUAGGGAGCUGCGGCUAAUGGGGCAGCUGUACAUAUGAAGACCAAAUAAAGGAAAAUGAGGAUGACAUAUAAUGUCAACUAAAUUCCCUUUCACAAUCUUGGGGUGGUAUUCAUCUGUUGAGAGACAGAAACUUGAAUAUUAGUGACGGAAGUCGUUGCCUAUUGAUGAAAUUGUUAAAUCUGUUAAACUCGGUUUGAAGUUUUAGUUGAAUGUUUGGCCCUUUUUUCUGGAUAAAUCAUUAGAGCAGGGCAGAGGGAUUCAUUGUGCAAUUUGGGGCAUCGCGCGUAAUGUUUUUGGGGUUAAAAGGGCUAUUUAAGCAAACCUAAUUGUUUAUUAA